GGCCAACAAGUUGCACAAUUAGCAGCAGGGGAGUUUCUAAACUUUCCGCUCCUUCCAAAGACAAUGACAACCAGAGAGAGUUUAUAGCAUAGUCGGCGAGUUGGCAUUAACUUUGUCACUUUUAUAUAACGUCAAAGACCUCGCCAUAACAUAUUGGCUUGUUGGGAGCAGUUGGAGAAGCCUAGACAUCACUCUUUAAUUUGAGUUUUUACGCGAUAUGGAAUCAUCCCUGGAGUUUUCAAACUCUUUCACCAGUGUGUCUUCGCCCUCCGCGCGGUGUCGGAUCUUCAAGAUCAUUGUGAUCGGAGACUCCGGUGUCGGUAAGACCUGUCUCACCUACCGGUUCUGUGCCGGUGAGUUCCUCGACCGAACCGAAGCCACCAUCGGUGUCGAUUUCCGUGAGAGAUUGGUCGAGGUCGAAGGCGAGAAAAUCAAACUCCAGCUAUGGGACACGGCGGGUCAGGAGCGUUUCAGGAAGUCUAUGGUCCAGCAGUACUAUCGGAACGUUCAUGCUGUUCUCUUCAUCUAUGACGUCACCAGACCAGACAGCUUCAGAGGCCUGCCAGCCUGGAUAGAGGAGUGUAGACGGUACUCACUGGGACAGGAGAUAACCAGGUUCCUCGUGGGUAACAAGAGCGACCUCCGUGACACCUGCAGCUGUGACCCCAGCUCCAUCAAUGUCGAAGGUCAGGUGACACGGGAUCAGGCCCAGAAGUUUGCAGCGGCCCACGGGAUGAUUCUGUUUGAAACGUCUGCUAAAAGCCCCCCUGGAGAAGGAGAACCAGGAAGGGGGCAUCAGGACAGCGUAGAGGACGUGUUCAUGGCCCUGGCCUCCAGGCUGAAGAGACAGACCAGACCCCCUCCCCCGCUUCUCAACAACACAGGAGUGUCUGGCUCCUAUUGUGGGUCGUAUUGUGGGUCCUAUACAGGGACAGCUUCAUUCAGACUGCCAGCCAAGAAGAACCCUCAGAAAGACUUCUGGACAUGCACCUGUUGAGGGAGGCAGGGUGAGAAGAGGGAUGGGACAUGGGAUGGAAGGAGGAGGAGGAGGGGGGGGGGGACACCAGAUCUGUUGUCUCCUUUUAUAGCCUGCUCUCAGAUCUGUUGUCUCCUUUUAUAGCUUGCUCUCAGAUCUGGUGUCUCCUUCUAUAGCCUGCUCUCAGAUCUGUUGUCUCCUUCUAUAGCCUGCUCUCAGAUCUGUUGUCUCCUUCUAUAGCCUGCUCUCAGAUCUGUUGUCUCCUUCUAUAGCCUGCUCUCAGAUCUGUUGUCUCCUUCUAUAGCCUGCUCUCAGAUCUGUUGUCUCCUUCUAUAGGCUGCUCUCAGAUCUGUUGUCUCCUUCUAUAGGCUGCUCUCAGAUCUGUUGUCUCCUUCUAUAGGCUGCUCUCAGAUCUGUUGUCUCCUUCUAUAGGCUGCUCUCAGAUCUGUUUGUGCUCUUGCCAACUCCGUUGAGGUUAUAAUCGAGCCAAAACUGUAAGACUGGUACCCAGGAUAAAGCAUUAACGAAAGAGUCGUUCUACUAAUUCGGUGCCUUAUGAAAACGUUUGACUUCACCAAAUUUUAACAUUCUGUCAUAAUGAGUACAUGUUCAACUUAUGUUUCCCCAUCGCAACACGUUAAAGAGGAAAAUUACUAUAGUAAGUGCCAAAUAAUGUAACAGGGUUGACCGUCACAGGGGCUGACCGUACCGGGGGCUGACCGUACCGGGGGCUGACCGUACCGGGGGCUGACCGUACCGGGGGCUGACCGUACCGGGGGCUGACCGUACCGGGGGCUGACCGUACCGGGGGUUGACCGUACCGGGGGUUGACGAUUUCAUCUUAAAUCAGCCAUGAAUCCCCUUGUGACAGGGGGAAUGGAAGCUUGUUACUGUAUGUGCAACAGAGGGAGGAGGCAAGCUUCCCAAAACAUUUUUAAUUGAUAAAACAUUUUUAGCCUGUCUAUCUGUAGGUAACAGGGUUGACUUUCGUUUCGCUCGACCCGCUCGGUUUUACUCCACAAAACACCAGAAAAUGGCCAAAAAGAAUAGAAGCAGCUCGCCUGUUUUGACACUAUGAUUUGACUACAAGAUGUUCAAUGUUUCUUUUGGAAGAAAUAUUUAUAAUUUUCACCAUAUUAAAAUGAGAGUUCAAUUCACUUAACAGGGUUGACCUUAAAAUGAGGGACUGAAUCACUAAUCACAAUAAAAUAACUAGGGCUUUACAAUGAUGGAGAAAUGUUGGGAUUAAAGGGGGUUAAUCUUCCUAGAAGUCGGAGAGGGUGCACGGAGGGACAUCUCAAAAUGCUGAAGUCUAUUCCUAUUAAAUCAGAUUUAUUGAAUUCUCCAUGUGGUCUAUAUUAAAUGGCACACAAUUUAAUAUCAGGCUUUUCAAAUUCAAUAUUGGUGCUCAAUUUUUACCUGAAAUAUCAAAGGGAUGCAAAAGGCCCUCAUUUCGUGGAAUGACCCAAAAAACAGUGGAGGCUCUUGGAGAUACAUUAUGCAGUACUUCCAGAGGAGUAACUUUCUGAUGACUGUGCAGUGGGUCGUCUUUUAUGUGCCUCCAUCUGUCCAUCUUUGCCAUAUGGUCAUUGUAUAGCAGGAAAGACAGGACUGUACAUUUUCAUUCAUGAUGUGUAAAUGUUUUCAAUAUUUAAUAAAAUAAUCAGUGUUCUUCAAAGUUGUAA